AUGAAAUACAGUCUGCAAAUCAGUGGUACGCAUUCCGGUGAUUGUUCCCCUUCGGUUAUUGUGCGAUUUGAUUCUGGUCGAUAUCUGUUCAAUUGCGGGGAAGGAACCCAACGGCUAUGUAAUGAGCACAAGAUUCGUCUAUCAAAACUAAGGGGAAUCUUUAUGACCCGCACAAAAUGGGACUGUAUCGGUGGUCUGCCUGGAAUGAUCCUUACUGUAGCAGACGCUGGUCUUGACUCGUUUCGACUGUAUGGGCCUCGCAAUCUUUCCUAUUUUUUGGCUGGAACUCGCAAAUUUAUGUUUAGGCCAAACAUUAAUAUAUCAGUAGUGGAUAUUGAAUCAUCCAAAUUUGACUAUAGCGACGAAAAUAUCCAUAUAAAAGCCAUUGCAUUGACUCCGGAACUAGGAGAUUCUAGUAUCUGCCCAAUCUCUCCACUUGCAGGGAGAAAACGAUCCAGUCACGAAUCUAAUCGUGAAAGUAAAGAUGACGCUUAUUUUCUUCAAAAGAUAAUUAAGCAAAUGUUUCCCAAGCAGCCUGAAGGUCUAUGUAGAAUAACAAUGCAAAAGCAAGUUCAAGAUAUAUGGGAUGAUUUUAAAUCUAGAGGCUACAAUUGGGACCAACUUCCGUCUACAGCAGACGAUGCAGUAUCGCUUUGUUAUAUAUGUCAAGGACCUGAGAUUGCAGGAACUUUGGAUCCAGUAUUGGCAAUGAAGCUUGGUGUUAAGCGUGGUCCAGAUAUGGGAAAACUUAAAUCGGGACAGACCGUGUUGUCAAUAAAUGGAGUUCCUAUUAGCCCUGAUCAAUGCGUCACUCCUCGUAGACCUGGCCCAGUAUUUUUAAUUCUCGACUGUCCAUCAAAAUCGUACAUAGCAUCAUUGAUUGAAAAUGCUAUAAUUAAACAAGCAGCAUCAGGGGAAAAACCAGCGCAAUGUGUUGUGCACAUUUGCGGUGAUAAAGUUUUAACCGAUCAGAGAUACAUUGAUUUUAUGAAUUCUUUUCCAAGUACUACGCAGCACAUUUAUAUUAGCGAAAAACACAACAAACAGACUUUAAUUUUUGAAUCUUAUACCAGAAUACAGAACCAGCUUCAUAUGCUUGAUAGUAGCAUGUUUUUAUUGCCUUAUGUUGCACCACCUCUGAAAGAUCUUCCUGUUGUUUUUGGUUUACCAAAGUCUGCUAAACCUGCCGAAUUACUUUUAUCGUAUCAAUUUGAGCCCAAACUGCUUAUAGAUGUUUCAGAAUGUCGAUCAGAGCUUGUCAUGGAAACUGGAACAAAUGCCUAUAAAGAAUACGUAUGCCUUGCUAAACAAACAGUAGAUGCUAUAAAUGCUGCUGAAAAAGAAAGAUCUGAUGCAAUGGCUGUUAGUCGAAAGGAUUUGCCACUACUGUCUGUGCCUGAUCCGACAGAAGGAGUUGCUGUUACACCUCUUGGAACAGGUUCGGCUAUACCAGGAAAAUAUCGUAACGUAAGCUCUACACUGAUUCAAACACCACAGAAUGCAUAUCUUUUAGAUGCAGGCGAGGGCACCUACGGACAACUAUUUCGCCAUUUUGGUCCUAUUGAAUUGCAACGAGUUUUUGAAUCAUUGUCGUUUAUGUGUGUAUCCCAUAUGCAUGCAGAUCAUCAUCUUGGAACAAUCACUGUUCUUUUGGAAUGGGCCAAGGCGACAGAAAAAACAAGUAAAAGACUAUUGUUGGUUGCUCCAACUCAGAUGUGGAAUUGGCUGUGUGAAUAUACUUUAGUUCAAAAGCUUCCAUUAGAUCGCAUUGAAUUCGUUGAUGCAGCAACUACCAAAUGGAAGCGCGAAGAUGGAGCCAAUCAAUCAUAUGCCACGAACAACAGUGUUUUUUUGAAAGCCGGACUUUCCAAGAUGACUACGGUUGGUGUUAACCACUGUCCCGAAGCGUACGCUAUAGUUGCAGAAACAAUCUCUGGAUUUAAAUUUGGGUUUUCCGGAGAUUGUCGUCCAUCCCAUGACUUUGCUAUUGCUGGUAAAGGUGCACACUUUUUGCUACACGAAGCAACAUUUGAUGAUGAAAAGCAGCAGGAAGCAAUUGAUCGACGACAUUGCACAAUCAAUGAAGCGAUUCAAGUUGGACAAGAAAUGCAAGCCAAGUGUUUAUUAUUGACACAUUUUUCUCAAAGAUAUCCGAAAUUACCAAACAUUGAUUCUCCCACAAACGAAUCUGUUGGGACUGCAACAGGGCCUAUAGUAGGAGCAGCAUUUGAUCUUAUGCGGAUUCCUAUACAGUAUUUUUGGAAAUUUCCAAAAAUGAUGCCUGCACUCAAACUCUUGUUUCCACCAGAAGAGUAG